CAUGCGAGGGAGGCAGAAGGAUCACAGAGGAAGAUUUUGACAGGAUAAUGAUCCACAUUUGGUCGUCAAUGUCAUACAUCUGAAAGGAAUAUGACUGCAAAAACACUUCAAGUGGUCCGGCUGUGUCGGCAUCACCUGUCGCUUCUGGAGAGGGUCCACGUCUCCCAUCAUGUGCUGCCCCACAGGACACUCCGCACACACAGAGCGGAGAGGAGUGGGCGUGGUCUGGUGAAGAAGAUGCUGCUGGGGGUUGCCGUGGGAACGCCGGUGGUGGUGGGGGUGAAGUACGCUGUUUCAGAGCCGCGGGAGAGGAGGAAGAUGAAGAUCCUGGCAGAGGGGGUCGCACGCUUCUGUAGGUCUCUGUAUGUCGGACUGGUGAUCUCAGCGGACUACUGGUGGACCUCCAAUGUGGACCUUAGGGGAAUGGAUGAGGGUAGUCCCGUGUACUUGGACGCCAUGUCUGCGUGUCACCAGCGCGCGGCGGACAGCAUGGUGGAGGGGGCGGUGCUUAACGGCGGUCUCUACAUCAAGCUCGGCCAGGGACUAUGCGCCUUCAACCACCUGCUGCCCCCCGAAUACAUCCGCACGCUACGCAUACUGGAAGACCAGGCUCUCAACCGCAGAUAUAAAGAGGUAGACGCCCUGUUUGAGGAGGACUUCAACACGACUCCUGACCGCAUGUUCCGCAAGUUUGACUAUGAACCGGUGGCGGCCGCCAGUCUGGCCCAGGUGCACAAAGCAGAGCUGCCCGAUGGCACCCCAGUGGCAGUCAAGGUGCAGUAUAUUGACCUGAGGGAUCGGUUUGAAGGAGACAUCCGGACGGUGGAGAUCCUCCUGGACAUUGUGAAGUUCAUGCACCCCAGCUUUGGCUUCCGCUGGGUUCUGAAGGAUCUGAAAGGCACUCUGGCCCAGGAGCUGGACUUUGUGAAUGAGGGGAAGAACUCGGAGCGCUGUGCUGAAGAACUGAAACAUUUCGACUUCAUCGUGGUGCCCAAGGUCUUCUGGGACUACACCAGUAAUAGGGUUCUGACUGCCGAGUUUUGUGAAGGCUGUAAAAUCAACGACGUGGAGGAGAUCAGGAGACAAGGCCUCAGUCUGAAGGAUACAGCAGAUAAGCUUAUACGGACGUUUGCAGAGCAAAUAUUUUACACGGGAUUCAUCCAUGCUGAUCCACACCCUGGAAAUGUGUUGGUGCGUAAGGGUCCUGACAAGACGGCUGAGCUGGUUCUCCUGGACCACGGACUCUAUGAGUACCUCAGCAAACGUGACCGGGUGGCCUUGUGUAAGCUGUGGCGUGCCAUUAUCUUGCGGGAUGACGCGGGAAUGGAGAGAUAUUCCAGGCACUUAGGGGUUAAAGACUACUUCCUGUUCUGCGAGAUGCUGCUACAGCGGCCAAUCAACAUGCGGGAACUGGCACUCGGCAACAUCCUGAGUCGCGAGGAGACGGCGUACAUGCGCGACAUGGCGGCUCACCACUUUGACAGCGUGAUGCGCGUCCUGAAGGAUCUGCCUCGCCCCAUGCUGCUGGUGUUCAGGAACAUCAACACUGUGCGCAGCAUCAACAUCACCCUGGGGGCGCCCGUCGACCGAUACUUUAUCAUGGCCAAGAGUGCGGUGCGCGGCUGGGGGAAGAUCCAGAUGGACGAGGCCCGGAUGCUGCCCAGCUUGGCUCUAUUCCGUUGGCUCUGGAUGUCCUGGGAGAGCCUCAAGUUCGAGUUCGCUCUGAGGACGGAGAUGGUGAUGAUGAGCGUGACGCGAUCUGUGCUUCGAUUCCUCUCCUUUCUGGGCCUCAUCACACUGGACCAGGAAGUAUACCAGUACCUGAAGUGAGAAGGGGGGACGGAUUCUCCCACCACACCCAAGAAGUGGACCGUACUUGAAGUGAGAAGGGGACUGAUUCCCCCACCACACCCAUGUGAAGUGAACUGUACCUGAAGGCAGCAAGAAGUGGAGUCUGAUUCCCCCACCACACCCAGGACGUGUAAAGUAGUAUAAAGUGAAGGGGAUGCAGGAUCCCCCAUGACAGCCCCUACCUCAUCCUGUGGACAUGCAUAGUUUUCACUGCAGAGGACUUCAAUGAAGGGUUUCACAUGAAGGUUUCACUUGAAGCCUCGGUGAGGCCUGUUACUAUUGGUGGACUUUGAAGGGAUUUUAUCUUUUUUACAUUUCACAAUGUUAUUAUAGUUUGUCAUCAAACUGGUGCUUUUUUUAUUGUGCACUUUCCACACCGGAUGUGGUUGAUGGACCCGUGUUCCCCUUCGAGGAGCGUUCUCACAGCUGAAGACACAACAAGUGGCAGAAGAGGAAAUGAAGUGGAAAUGGAUGGCCUAAGGCUAAGCGUAUAUGUCUACCUGGAUAUGUCUACCUUGUCAAUUUUGUUGACAUUCUCAUGGUUUCAUGAAAAAAAUCGUAGUUUUGUUUUACCCUUGACCUGGAGUGGUUGGGCCAGUUUUAAGUCUUACACAAAUACUUGUAAUGUUUUUGUAAGUUUUAUUUCCUACAGGAUCUGUAAUAGAUGUGCCACUAAAUGAAGUAACUAUUUCAUUGUCAUUAUUUUGUCAUCCCUACAAUAGUGUAUGCACUGCAAAAAUAAUAAUGUGUUAUUGAGGCCAGAUAUACCCAGGGUGUGGGGCGGUGGUUUGGGUGGUAGCCGUUUCCAUAUUUGUUUUAACUUCAACAUCCCUAAGCAAGACAAUCAGUUAAGCACCAAAGCACACUGUUAUUUUCCUAUGAAUUAUCGAUAAUGAAUAUUACUUAAUUUUGUCCAUACUUAAUUAGGUGGUCAAACAUUAUUUAACCAUUCUAUUUAUGUACAAUAUGUUUAACACAAUAAAAAAGGAAACAUAUCCUGUAACAAGUAUAGUACCACUGAAUUUAACUGCACUCUAACAAGUACUUAUUUUUACAUAGUUUAAGCUUCCAGCGUUAAAACAAAACAAACAAACAAACAAAAGAAACGACAGGGACAGGACAGGACAGGACUUGAAAAAAUCUUUUUCUAUCAUGGAUUCAUUGGCGCCAAUAAAUUUGUUGUCUUUCGUGCUUUGAAUCCGGACUACUUCAUUUGAGAUUCGAUUUAUUUGACCAUCACAGGCAAUAAAGCUCAUAUUCUUUGA